AGUUUCACGCCGUGGUAGCAAGGAGUAUGUUGAUUGAAUUCUCGUGUGUUCAAGAGUGGACAAGGAAGAAAAAAUUGUCUGUGGCGUGUAUGUGUGAUUUUAUUUCCUUUCUCUCAAACCAAAUUCCCCAAAACGGACGGAAGUGCCGAGAUAAAUCUCACUCUCCAUUUGGUGAAAAGUUAGACACUACUAGUAACGUAGAAUAAUGCAAAAAAUUCAACCACGUGGGAAUAUAAUUUCAUUUUGUAUCUGAAACCAUAUUGAGAACGCUAAAUAUUCUGUGGCAAAAAAAAAUCUAGAAUUAAAUCCACACGUGAUUUAUACUUUUUAUUCAAAUUCUAUUAUCUCGAAACUAUUUUUUUUUAAAAAUCACAAAAUUGUCUAAAUAAAUAAGAAUUUAAUAGAAAAAAUAAUAAUUUAAAUUUUUUUGGUGCUUUGUAAUAUAAAAAACUUUAAUAGUUGUUUAUUAUUAUUAUUUUUGUAAUGAAUGUGUGAAUAAUAAUAAGUUUAUACUGUGAGAUAAUAAUAAUAAAAUAAGCUAAAAUAGAAAGAAAAAGACAAAGUUUUAAAAAAUAAUUUAAAUUCAAUAAUUGUUAUCGUGAUAGUGUGAGAGGAACUUAAAAAAAUUUUAGACAUUAUUGUUUUGGAUAGAAAGAGAAAUCACUAUGACUACCUCAUGGUGCAUCAGAUGACAUGUGAUUGAGGAUGUGGAAUUAGGUGUUGGAGUGUGAGACAUCGACUUUUGGCCAGAGGAAGUGUCACCGAUUGGUGGUGGGGGAUUAAAAUCCAUAUUGGAAAGGCAGAAGUGCAAAAGCGGUGUGCAGAAUGGACACGGGAAACCUUGUUCUGGAGGCUGUUGCUGCGGGUGUCAAUGCCACGGACUACGUCAAUCGAACGGCUCCCAUUUAUUCCAUAAAUCCCGACUUUAUUUCACAAUGGAAGCUGAAGAAGAAACAGGAGAGAAUCUGUCGAGCACUUUACAAACGUCUCAUCAACUUCCCCGCUUGCCAGCGAAUCUUGGGUGUACCACUGUACCGACCAGUGUACGAUGGUGGAGAUUUGUAUCCUUGGACAAAUAAUGACAGUAUGAUCGAUUGGAGUUACUUCAAUAUCAGCCUCAAUGGUCAAUUUGACGAGAGCUUGUGGAAUGCAACGACACAACUCACAACAACAUCAAAGCCCAAUGGGCCCGUUCCGGUGUUGGCACCUUUCGAAUUAUGGCAAACGAUCCUCAUUGCCAUUUGCUUGGCACUCUGUAUCAUCCUCACUGUCGGUGGGAAUACCCUUGUACUUCUCGCCUUCAUCGUUGAUCGCAGCAUCCGGCAACCCAGUAACUACUUUAUUGCAUCCCUUGCGUGCACCGACAUGCUCAUAGGAACCGUUUCUAUGCCUUUCUACACGGUUUACGUACUGAUGGGGUACUGGGAUCUUGGUCCUUUACUCUGUGAUCUCUGGCUCUCCGUGGACUACACAGUAUGCCUCGUGUCUCAGUACACUGUGUUGCUUAUUACGAUAGAUCGCUUCUGUUCUGUGAAGAUUGCCGCUAAAUACCGUAGCUGGCGAACCAAGCAGAAGGUGAUCUGGAUGGUAACGAUUACAUGGAUAAUUCCAGCACUCCUCUUCUUCAUCUCCAUCUUCGGGUGGGAGCACUUUGUUGGCUAUCGUGACCUCCUACCGGGUCAAUGUGCCGUGCAGUUCCUGAAAGAUCCUGUGUUCAAUACUGCCUUAAUCAUUGGCUACUACUGGACCACGCUUGUUGUUCUCUUUGUCCUCUAUGGUGGCAUCUACAAGACAGCCUAUGAGAUGCAGAAGAAAAGUGAGGCAAAGCAGCGAAAAAUGCAAUCAAUGGUGGCUCUAAGUGCUGGUGCAAUGACAGGAAUGGCGGGUAGGGCAGCUGGAAUUGGGAUCUCAAAAACACAGAGUACACUUCUCAGUCAAGAUAAACCAAAAGCCCUACCGAGUGUGACGCAAACAUCCACUGUGCCGCAGUCAUCGUCAUCGUCAUCCAAUCAGGCGAAUUUCGGUGAAGAUGCUACAAAAAAGGUUCCUAAAGAGUCCCGGGAGAAGCGUCAACCAAAGGAGGGCAAUGAAGGGGAUAAGAGUGAACGAUCCAGUAGCCCUGCCUUCGAUUCGGAUGACGAUAGUUCAGCGCAACAGAUGCAGCAGCAACAACAACAGCAGGAGCGCGUGAAGAAAGUGCAACAAGAACGAAAACGCUCCUCAAUUGCAGGUCUCAUGGUAGGCGUGCACGCACCAGUUCUAGCUACAAGAGUCAACGGUGCAAUUGGGCAGAAAGCCACAAUGGAGGUGCCGAAGAAGACGCCGUCGCCUUUAACGCCAAACCUGCCUCGAAUUCAGGAGACAAAUCUCCUCGACACCCACCCAGCCGGACAAAGUACGCUUCAGAUGCAACCCUUACAACCAAUCCCAAUUGUCCAAUCACCCAUUUCCCCGCAAGAUAUUGCCCCGCCAGAAAUCCCACCAGAGCAGCAGAGGCUGCGUCUAUCCCAACCAAUCUUACCACCUCCGGACGCCUUCCAAAGUAGCCCACCCAUAACUGAGAGUCCCCCGUCCAGGGUAUCAGCGCGUCCGCGCAGCUUAACUGUAAGUAGCCAUGGUGACUCAAAUCUGACUUAUGAUAUUCUAGGGGGGAUGGACGGCGCUGAUCUCCGCUUUAUGGAUGAGAGUUCUGUGGUGGUGCCGUCGCCACCAAAUGAGAGUCCGCCCACGUCAAUUACACUCCCACCCGUUCCGGCGCGCCAACCUGCCGCCAACCAAAGUGCCGCCAAUCCUAGUCUCCUCCACAAAGCCCUCAUUCGUGCCACGGCGCAGCUUCAGCCCGCAGAUCAUGCCAAAUUCCACACGACCGUCACGGUGGAUCGGCCCGACCAGAAGCCAGUGACAUCCAUCGUCCAGGAUGCCACUGUGUGCCACAUCGAUGCCCAAAAGGCUGAAUCAACGAAGUCCUCCACGGACGCUGCGACACCCAGUGUCUCGACGGCGCCUGAACCCCCAUCUUCUGAUUCAAGGCUCCGCGGGGACUUUAUUCGUUCCAUCGGCAAACGCCUCAAGGGGAAGAAAAAAUCCCCCGCGGGUCCAGGAGCUGGCCGACAAAAGUCCAAAUCGGAAAAUCGUGCACGCAAAGCUUUUCGCACAAUUUCCUUCAUUCUGGGCGCAUUUGUGGCAUGCUGGACGCCAUAUCAUGUCUUAGCGCUCGUCGAAGGCUUCUGCAAGUCACCACCGUGCACCAAUGAGCACCUCUACAUGUUCUCCUACUUCCUCUGCUACGCCAAUAGCCCCAUGAAUCCAUUCUGCUACGCCAUGGCUAAUCAGCAAUUUAAGAAAACCUUCACGCGCAUCCUCAAGGGGGACUUUCAUAUGACUUAAUUCUUCUUCAUUCAUCUCAGGCUUUUUUAUUCCCUAAAUUCCUCAUCCUGGCUAUUUUUCGCUUCCUCCUUCUAUCUCACAAACGGCAAUACUUUCUUUUUCCUUCUUUCCUUUACGAAAAAAAAAUCUUCCAAUUAAUUUUCCAUUAAUUGAAAUUUUCUCUGCAGAACAUAUCUUUACUUUAAACGAGGUCUUCUAUUUAAAUUUAUUUAUAUACCUGCAUUACAUAUAUUAAAUUUUUUAUCAUUAAUAAAAAUUUCAUAUUUUAUUCUUCCAUUUUUUUAUUGUUUGCUUCAAACAUUCGAAAAACAAACAAAAAAUAUAUUAUAAGAAAGAAAAAAAAUCAGAGGAAAAUUCAUAUUGAUAGACAAUAAUUAAUUAGGACUUUAUCAAUAUACUAUAUUACAUAUACAUAUUUGUAGCUAAUGAAAUAUUUGACAUUAUUAUGGGAAAUUCGCUUAGGACAUUUUUUGUAGGUUUUAUCAAUUAAUAGAAAAAUAAAAGAAAACAAAUAGAAAAAAUAGAAAAUUUAUGUAAAUCAAUGUUGCGCAUGUCGCAUGCUAGUUACAUGAAACUCAUGCAGUGUGUGUAGAAGAGGAAAGUCGAAGAAAAAAGUAAAAGAAAUUGUAGGUAGUUGAAGAUGAAAUUACUUCUAUACUAAACACCUGCUUUGUGCAUUUUCUCAUUUUAAAUGAUUAGGAAAAAAAACAACUAACAUGAAUGAAUGAAAUUCAAUAAAUUUUAUUUAUUUAUCAUCUAUGUAAUAUUUGCAGCAUUUUAUGUGAAAAUUAUAUGAGAAGGGAAAGUUUAUUAAAAGAAAAAGGAAAAACGGAGCAAUGUGUGUGUAAAUAUUUACAAUAAUAUAUAGAAGAAAAAUCCUUGUGCAUAAAUAAAUAUUUUAGAAAAUAUAUAUAUGAAUCAUAAAGCAAAUAUUUGUUUCUGUGAGAAGAUUCUUUCCCAUUCACAUUGGGGGAGGAAUUCUUCCCAGGAACUUUAAACACAUCAUGACAAUCUCUCUUAUGCCAAAAAGCUCCCACUCAAUUUUUCUCACUCCUCUGAGCCCCAAUUUAGUGAGAAAACUGCAGUUGAUUGCCUUUUUGGAAAAUACUUUUUAUUUAUUUUUAUUUUUGAUAAAGAAAAAAGUAAAGAAAAUAAACCAAUCAAACCACUAAAAUCAUUGAGACAAAGAAGACAUUUUAAUAAAAUCGAAGGAUUACAAACUAUGUAAAUAAAUACAUAAUGUUGAUCAAUAUACCAACAUAUUAUUGAUCGAGUGUCAUAUAGAUUAACAUUUCCAAGAAGAUGAAACUUUUUUUUUUUAAUUAGAUCUACAUAUCAUUUCAUCUUAGGCGUAAUAUAUUUUUGUAAAGACUUGAAAAACAAAGAACUUUGCAUCAAAUUCUGAAGCAACUCUGUGGGUAUGCCAAUGAAGAAUAAAGUUUUAAAAAAAAAUUUGCAUUAGUGAGGCCGUUAAAUUAUCCCAUUUGCGGACACAUAGAUCACCAAUGUGAGCAUUGAUUUGUAUGCUUUAGAGCGCAUUUUAUACUUUGUAAUUUCUAACAAUUACAUAUAGAUAUUGGACGUAGAUACAUUAAAAGAAUAUCAAUCAAAUAAAAUUCUCAAUAUUGCAUUUGAAAAUUAUUUUUUAGAAGACUUCCAGAAGUAAACUGUGUCGUCUUUUUCUAAGAAGAACCUUUAUUUUUAAUUAUUAAAUAAAAUCCCUUUACCAAAAAUAAUUUUUGAAAGUUUUUUUUAGCACAGAACUGCAAUCAAUACUUCAUUCAUAUAUAUUUAGAACUGACGUACAAUAUCUAUUUAAAUAAUAAAUGGAGACACCUCAAUGCUUUACUAUAUAAGACAUGAAAUCUCUCUCAGCUUCAAAUCACAUCACAUUGAAGUGUAGUGUAAUAUACAUACAUAAUAUACAUAAAUUAAAAUUAUAUACAUAUUCUUUACUCUGGGUCAUCAUAACAAAAUUCUUUUAAAAGAAAAGAAAAAAAUAUGAUCAUAAGAAUUGCGUACACAUCUCUGUGAAGAAAAAUUUAAAAAAAAACACACAAAAUCUAUAUUUACAUAAAUUAUGCCAAUAUAUAAGAAUAUUUUCUUCUUAUAUAGCUCAUAAGAUGAGAUGAAUAUUCGUUAGAAAUUACAUAAAUUAAAUUAUAUAAAAGAAAAAUCAAUAAAUAAAAUUAAGUGAAGAACAAAACAAAAAGACAAUAGCAAUGCUGCAAAAGAAAUUAAAUCUUUGAAAAACAAGUGGCAUUUAAAUGCGAAUUAAAUCAAAUUUCUUACUGUAGAUAACGAUGUUUUAAAGAGAGAGAGAGGAGAAAAAGGAGCACUAAAUAGACACACACAAUCUAUUCAAUCUUAUAUGAAAUGGAAUAUUGUGUACGCGCUGCUGGGUGAGGUAAGGAGGGAAUCCCUCAAUUGUUUAAGCACAGAGAGAGAAAGAAGCUUUUGGGGGUAGGAUUGUGUAUAUAAAAACAAAGCCAAAGAGUUACUGCUUAAGAAAUCAAGCAAGUGGAUCAAUAAAGGAAUGUUAAACAAUAGGUAUAUACAUAA